AUGGAGGGAUCGAGUCGUGAUCCUCAUGAACUCAUGCUGCUCUUCCACACGCAAGAAAGAGAUUUCUACUGCCGACUCGUUCGACAGUUGGACCAAAACCCGGAGCGGAUGAAGCAGGUGAUUGCACUGUGGUUAUGGUUUGAAUCCAUCGACCACUAUGAAUUCAUCCGGCGAGUGUCGUCCUACAACGGCGACGACGUCAUCCUCGGCUUCGUGGGAGAGGCCGAGGCCUGCCUCGACCGCCUCAUGGGCCAGCAUGAGCAGACGAGGGGCGACGAGCUGCCGCUGACCAGUUCCCUCAUGGCUGAGAAGAUGGACCUUCGGUUCUUCGAGUCCCACCGCGAUGAGGCCAUCAAAGGCGUCAGGCACAUCUUCAACAACGUCUGCCAGAUCAUAUUCGACGAUGUGCUCGUGGAGAGGGCGGCGGAGGCUGCCAACCACCCCGACGACCACCGCCUGCGCCCCAGCGGGCUGCACGAUAUCAGUCCACCGACGAGGGAGGGAAGCAGCCAAGGGGAAGGCGGUGCGUCUUCCGCGGGAGUGGCCAUGAGCCUACCGGCGCAGGCUCGCACUGUUCUGCGGCCGCGAGACUCCACGCUGAACCCGAUGGCCAGGCCGUGGUCGCCAGAAAGCAACCGGUCACCGAAGGACCUGCGAUCCAUGUUCAUCACCUUCUCCAGGGGGCACCCCAUCUCCAUACCGGACAUCGUCGAGUUCUUCAACGCGCGAUACGGGACUUGUCUCGAGACGGUGAUGAUGGAGAGGGUGUCGCCGGGGCAGCAUCCGAUGUACGGCCGGCUGGUCUUCAGGAAUGCUUCAGCAAUAGCUAGGGUUCUGAACGGGCAGCCAACGGCCAAGUUCAUCAUCAACGGCAGGCAUCUGUGGGCGAGGAUGUACACGCCUCGCCGUGGCUAG